GCGCUGGAAACCCCAGUUUAAUCCUGGGACCAAGGACCGUACAGCAUAACAGGUGUGUCCUCUCGUCAUUACCCAACACUCCAGCUACUAGGGCAAACAUGGCGACCUGGCAGCUUUGGUUCCGCUCUCAGGCGUGAACCCGUGCGAGACAAACAUCUAUCUGAGCCACUUUAUAGCCGCCAUGGGGAAGGGAGAGGGUGGAGGCGGACGUCGGGGUCGGGCCCGGCGGCAUCGGCGCGCACAUCACCGGGGCGGGGGUGGCGGGGGGACCGCUAUGUUCAGGGCACCAGCCACCGGGAACCCGGCUCUGGACAGGCGGAUCAACAUGGCCCGCCUGAUGUCCUUCCUGGCCUUUGUCGUCAUUCUGUCGGGAGUUUAUGUCUUCACGUCUUGGUCCAUGAUCUGGGGGAUCAUCAUGAUCACGGGAGCAGGGAUGGUGUUCGUUAGUUUGGCGUUCUCCAUCGUGCACAUGAGGAAGACUGUGGCCGUGAACACACAACCACUGCGCGCACGGACAGGUGGCCUGCAGACCGUGACCACAACACCGCCGACUAUCGGAUAUCCAACUCCUUCUCCCGAAGUCGCCGCUCCAGUCCCGAAUCAUGAUCAAUACGGUUUCAUGACUGGUUUUCCGGCAUACCCAGCACAAUACCCAGGUCCAACUCCGACUGGUAUAGUACAACCACCUGGUUACCCUGAACUACCAUCGGUACCACAGCCGUACCCAGGAGUACCGUCUGGAGUACCACCGCAGGACUACGCCCUGUCUCCCCCACCGCAGUACCCAGUCCCGCUGACCUACCCUAGCCCUGCGUACCCACCUCCCCCAUCUUAUGAGGACGCUAUGAACCCGAAAAACUAACGAAGAGAGUUCUUUUCGAGUGAGUCGUUGUUGUGACCGAAAGACUAAGUUCCGAUUUGUAUAGGAACAGAGAUCGGUUAUGAAA